UCUAGCACGUUGAUAAUUCUUGGGCAAUCUCAACGAUCCUACUAAGGUCCUAAUCUCUUUACAACGACGCACGCGAGAGUUUCCUGUGUGCAAUUUUAAUGAAGAGCAAGGCUGUGGCGAAGACAAGCCUUAUUGGAAUAUAUACAUAACUUAAGAAUAGAGUUACAGACAAGAAGCCGAGUGCGGCUUUUGUGUUCCUAAUUGUGAUAACGACAGAACGGCGAUUUCAAAAGACGAGUCAACGGUGCAAUAUAUCUGUUUGGUUCCAGACCAUUCUUGAAAGCGAAUAUCUGAAAUCAGAAGACAGACGUGGUGUUCGAAAUGACGGAAUCCAUAUUUUUGACGCUUCUUCUAGUGUUUCUUCUCAAUAUACACAAUGGAAACAGUGAACCUCGCUUUAUCCAAGAACCAGAAGAUUACUUUGGGUUUCAAGAUAAAUUCCAAAAUCUUUAUGCCGAGGUUGACGGGGCGGAAUAUCCGCGUUAUCAAUGGUAUCAGAAUGGUUCGAAAGUUUUAAUGGUUCCGGGUACUAAUUUUGGUGUCACUGAUCCAAAUUUAAUGUUUUUCAAACGAAGCCUAGCAACUCAAGGAAUCUAUCAGUUAUUCGUAUCGUCAAAUAUGGGCAGGAUUUUCGGACGCGAAAUCAAAGUAGAGUUCACCAUUGUUGGUAAAUUUUCUGAUGAAACCGUGAGAACAGUAAAUGUCGUGAUUGGAAAGACGUUCCAGUUGGAGUGUCCUGCGCAUACACUAACACAACGUGCCGUGUACAAGUGGGGAGGAAGUGGAAAAGUUGGCGGAACAUGGUUUUUUAAUGAAAGAAAAGAUGUGUUGGUCCUCGAAGACGGAAGACUAUUCUUUUCUCACGUGACAAGAGAAGAUGUGGAUAAAAUUGAAGGACAAGACGGGAUCAGCUGCUUACUAGAAGCAACCCAAGGGCGAGACAUCAGAUUCGACAAGUCUGCAGUUUUUAGGUUUAAUAUUACUGGAGAAGAGACAACAGCAUUUGGCCCAGUGUUGGAGAAAAUUCCAAACAAGGAAGUAGUGGAAGGAGAAACUUUGCAAUUGCGAUGUAUUGCCGCUGGAUACCCAACACCGAUCUACAAAUGGAAAAAGAAAAAUAACCUUGGCUUAACGACAGAUGUGAUCAACAAUAUCGACGGUGUUACAUUAUCUGAAUUUAAUAAAUUUUUAGUCAUUAAAAACACCAUGAAAAGUCGCCAUGCUGGGACCUACACUUGUGAGGCAACCAUUGAUGAAAAUGGAUAUAAAAAUAUCUCCUCAACAAGUAGCAAAGUGACAAUACGAGAGAAACUUGAAUGGGUGAAAGGUACACUCAUUGAAAGUGCCAAACCAAAUAUCUCAACUGUACAUAGAUGGAAGUGCAUGGCGAAAGGAGAGCCGGAGCCUGAGUACCACUGGUAUUCAAAUGCUACUAUUAUGCAAAAUGAGAGCGGUCGUUACACCAUCGAAGGAGGAAUCCUGACAUUUCACCGCGUAUCACUCGAGGACAACGGAAUGUAUCAAUGCGUGGCGAAGAAUAAAUUUGGUUUUCAGUAUCAAACUGUUUCUAUGGAUGUUCAAGUCAAACCUCCCAAAAUCACGGCACCACUUUCCCAUCAGAAUUUUGUGGUUGAAAAUACUGGAAUGAUCUCGUGUGUAUCCGAUGCCUUGCCGCAAGCAAGUCAUCAUUGGCUGUUCAACGGAGUAAAAAUAGAACCAAACAAGACCGCAAAGUACAAGUUGACUAAAGCACAAAAUUUGCUCGUUCAUAAUUUGACCCAGAAUGAUACAGGAGCAUACACCUGUGUCGCCAUGAAUAUGUUUGGAAAAGACACGAAGGAAACAUAUAUCAAAGUUGCGGAAAUAAUGUUCAAAAGGCGUCCAGAAAACAACACGAAUGUCGUUGAAGGAACAAGUUUCUCACUGGUCUGCGAUGCUGAUUCGGACCCACCAUUAAACAUUCGUUAUAAAUGGCUCUUCGAAGGAAAAGACCUUGUACUGAGCGACAAAAAUCAUAUUACAUGGGAUCUUAAUAGUCGCACUCUGACAGUUUCAAACGCACAGGCUCAGGAAAGUGGUGUUUACGAAUGUAUUGCGUAUAGUGACACGUCCCAGAAAAGCUCAAGUGCUACAGUUAUCGUUAGAGCUCUGCCAAGGCCACCCGAAAACCUGAGAUUGCAUGGAAAGUGCACAGAUCUAACCGCAAACCUUACCUGGUCCAUCAGCUACAGGAGUUCCUACGAGCCACUCACGCGUAUACUUAUACAAUGGCGAAUUUCACGUGACACCAGCACGUGGUAUAAUUUUUCUGAUCACGUGAAGGGAAGUGCAAAUAGUUACGUGUUGAAAAAUCUCAAUCCUUAUAGUGAUAUAGUGUUUCGUGUGAUUGCUUUGAAUGAACAUGGAAUGGGAAAGCCAAGUAAUUCAACUAAAGGACAGGAGUGUAAAACACGAGCAGCAAAACCGUCAGUAUGUCCACAAAAUGUGACAGGAAAUUCGAAAAAUCCCCACGAGAUUGAUGUAACCUGGCAGAGUGUUAAAUCUCUUGACUACAACGGUCCAGGAUUUGGCUACAUCGUGCAGUACAGACAACUUGGAUCGACAAUAUGGCUUAAGAAAAACAUUUCUCAACAUAGCGAACAGCGUUUUACCAUUAGAAAUACAUCAGCCAAUCAACUGUGGGAAUUUGAAGUUAAGAGCAAGAAUGAUGAGGGUGUUGGACCCGACUGUUCCUCCGAGCAAGCGCGAUCUGCCAAAGAUGCCAAGAUCACAUUCACAGUACGACCAUCAAACAAGACAGAUGUUCGAAAAGGAAACCCAUUUUCGUUGUCUUGCAAAGCUUACUCUAAUCCACAAUUACCUAUGAACUACAAAUGGUUUCACGAUGGCAAGGAUCUCGGUCAAAGUGGAAGUAAUUUUACUGUUUCAAAAUCUCGGCUUCUGGAUAGUGGAUUGUACGAAUGCGUUGCCUAUGUCAAGACAUCCAUGUAUAGUGCGGAGAACCGUGCAAGUUCAACUGUUAUUGUUCGAGGUCUACCUGAUGAACCAGGCGAUGUAAUUCUUAAUGGUAACUGCUUAAACUUCACUGCAAACCUAACAUGGACAAUAUACAGAAGAUCCUACCAACAAUUAACAAACAUAUCGAUACAAUGGAGCUUGUCCCAUGACACAAGUACUUGGUAUGACGUCAGUGAUCACGUGAAAGGCAGUGCAAAUGGUCACGUGGUACGUGGACUGAACCCCUACAGUAGUCUUGUGUUUCGAGUUAUUGCUGUGAACGAAUACGGACAGAGUAAACCAAGGCUCAUAACAUUAGGACAAGAGUGCAAGACCCCAGAAGCAAAGCCCACAGUGUGCCCGACUAAUGUUGAAGGAUCAGCUGAUAAACCCGAAAGCAUUGUAAUUACGUGGAAGGCAGUUUCAAAGCUGCACCAAAAUGGACCUGAGUUUGGAUACAUUGUCAGCUACAGGAAACCCGGAUCCCAAUGGCAACAUAGGGAGGUCAAUGGAACAGAAAGAUUUACGAUAUCGAAUGCCGGCGUGUAUCAAUUGUGGCAAUUCAAAGUUGAAAGUAAAAAUGCACAAGGGAAAGGACCAGAGUGUGCAAUAAAAGAAACUCGGACAAUCAUAGAGAAACCAAAAUCGGCCCCACAAUCAUUCGGAUAUAAGGAUGUUGGACCCGACUAUGUCGUACUUGAAUGGACACCUGUGGAUGCUUUAGGAAUUAAAGGGUAUCAGAUCAGUUACUGGCAUAAGAGCACCAUAAAAACCAGAGUUCGACGUAAUAAUCCCACCUGUACUGAUGAAAAUAAGCCUUGCACGACCCGAAUUUCAAACAUUACGACACGUGAAUAUACACUGGGAAACCUUACGUCAUAUACAAGCUACACGAUGUACUUGCAAGCUUACAAUAGAGCGGGAUUGGGGCCGAAAAGUAAUAUCCUCAACCUUAACACAAAGGAAGGCAAGCCCGGAGCUCCUGAUAAAGUCAGAGUUACGUCCUAUGGACGUUACCUCAAUAUGACCUGGAAACCACCAAUCGAACCAAACGGUGUUAUAACUGGUUAUAUACUCAAAGUUACCAAUGGUACGAAUGUCACGGUUAGUUACUACACAACGUGGUAUUUAUUCGAAGAUCUGGAGCCUUUAAAGGAUUAUGUUGUAAGAAUUAACGCCAAGAACUCAGCUGGAGUGGGAAGCACAGUGUCAAAGGAAGUGACAACAACAGAAGUGAGAGUUCCAGCGGUUGCAAGGAGACCAGAUGUUCAUGGUUUGGACGCAGAAAGUGUUAAUGUAACGUAUAGACCUGGCAGUACGUCUAAGACUAGUGGUUUUCCUGAGAAAUUUUACGUUGUGUAUAAAGAAAAAGGUGAAGAUGAUGAGAUGUUAGAAGCAACAAAUUCGACAUUGAUAAAAAGAAAUGGGGAGAAGUCCUUUAUCAUUGUUAGCGGAUUAGACAACCACAAAACUUACAUGUUCGCCACGAUUGUUAUGAACGGUGAUAAGAAAAGCGAUAAAAGUGACUUCACUGAAGGACGCGCCAUCUUAAAUGAAGGAGUAUCAGAAAGCACACCCAUAUAUCGCGAACUUUGGUUCUUUAUAAUUCUCGGAAUUAUUUUGCUUCUUCUUCUUAUUCUUCUACUCGUGUUGUUCAUUCGAAGAAAACCUAAACGGACGUACAAAGUGGGUGAAAGGGAGAAAAGAAAGGCAGUAGAUGGUUCAGCAAUUGAGAUGGGUGAAGAACAUCCUUUGAAAGACGCUGAAGUAACCCAAGACGAACCACAAGGUAAAACAUAUGAUCCUAUUCAAAUGACAAAUGAUGUCCCAGAUGUAGCAACUUCCCCUCCUACAAGCAAUGGUGUCAGCAGGGAAAGAGACAGUUUAGACGAAUACGAAGGCUCAGAUGAUGAUUUUUCUGAACAUGGUUCAUUUAUUGGUCAGUAUGGAGACGGAGAAAAACGAUCUGACGCUUUGCAGUCAUCAUUUCCUGCUCAUGUGUAAGAAAAUACGAACUCGGUGCAAAAUGUGGUGAAGCAUGAUUUGUCUGCAAUGAAAACAAUAGAUUGCAUGAUUUAUAAUCUGGUUUAGGAAAAUUAAGUGUUAUAAAAUGGCUAGAAAAUUACGAUUAUUCAUUGAUUUGCGGAGAAAAUAUUGCUUUGCCCUCCCUUUUAUCCAUACAUGAAAAGCCGAUUUGUAAUAAUAGAUAAAAGAUAUUGUUACUCAUAAUCAGUGAGCCUUUGUCUUUGAUGCAUGAGGCUGCCUUCUUGCUUCUACCACUUUUUUUUCAUAUGUAAAUAGCUUGGAGACCAUAAGGUUUAACACCAUUUAGAUUUUUGUGGUCAGUUGUAAAUUGUGAAAAACUUUUUAGUCUUGUCUACGGUAGAUUUCAUGAUAAGAUGUCAACAAGUUUUAACAUAAAGUAUUAUUCAUAAAUUUGUUAUCACUAACAUUAUAAUUAGGAACAUUGCGGAUAUUACGCUAGUUUUUAGUAUCUUUUUGCCUCAUGCCUAGUAGUUACAAUUUUUGGGUAUUUGUUUUAAAUAUAUUGUAGGACGUAGGUAAAAGGUAGAUAUUAUUGAGUGAUCUCUUUAUAAAUAUUAUUAUAACUGUAGAAAAUUAUAAAUUGUAAAACUUGUUAAUAUACAAACUAAAU